AUGGAGCGGGUGUUGGCGGACGCGCUUCUGGCGCAGAGCCGGGAGCCCUGCGCGCUGUUGGGGGCACUGUGUGGCGGGGAGGCGAGUGCGGAGCGGGCGGAGACUCUGCGCCUGGUGCUGCAACGGCUGGAGGAGCGCGGCGCUGGCGCCGGCGGGCUGGCCGAGGCGGCGCACGAGGUGGCUAGGGGCCACCUGGUGCCCUGGCUGCACGCGUCCCCCCGUGGAGAGCCCGCGGGGCCGCGUGUGCUCCGGGCGGCGAGCGCGGCGCUGCGGUCGUGCGCGCGCCUGGCAGGGCCCGAACUGGCAGUGGCGCUGGCUGAGGAGGCGCUGCGCGAGCUUCCGAACGUGCCGGCCGUGGAGCUUCUGGCUGCCGUGGCGCCGUGUCUGCGCGCCCUCGAUGAUGCCCCGUUGCUGCGUCGCCUGGCGCGCGCGUCCGUGGAGCUGGCGCUGGCCGGGGACGCGCCGCCGGUGGUGGGCGCGCGCCUGCUGCCCGCGCUGGCACAGAGUGCAGAACCGGCGUUGCGCGCGGCUUGGGACGCGCUGGCUUCCCCGGGACCCGGAGCUGAGGGCCGCACUGGGCCAGAGCUGCUGGUGCUGAGCGCGCUGGCCGAGAAACUACUGUCGGCUCGUGCGCGCCAUGAGGACCUCGACGCGCGCCUCCGCGGCCGCUUCUGGAGAACCGUGCAGGCUGGACUGGGCUGCACACACGACGCGCUCACGCGCAAGCGCGCGCGCUACCUGCUGCAGAGGGCUGUGCAGGUGUCUGCAGAGCUGGCGAUGGACUGUACCUGCGGUCCCCAGGACACAAUGGGUCCAAGCCUAUUCUGGUGGUCUGAGAAGAAAAAAGACGAGCUUCUAAAGUUCUGGGAAAACUAUAUCUUGAUCAUGGAAGUCCUAGAAGGAAAUCAGAUACAUGUCAUAAAGCCAGUCUUACCCAAGCUAAACAGUCUGUUUGAAUACGCAGUAUCAGAGGAAAAUGGCUGCUGGCUCGUUCAUCCCUCCUGGCUCGUGUGCAUUUAUACAAGAAUGUUUGAAAGCGAGAAUAAAAUCCUGACCAAAGAAGGCGUGAUCCACUUCUUGGAGCUGUAUGCCGUGAGAUCGCCUCCGUAUUCACCGGAACUCUCUGAGUUUAUCACUGGCCCGCUGAUGGAUGCCCUCUCAGAGAGUUGUCUGUACAGCAGAUCCCCAGGGCAACUGUCGGGAAGUGGCUCUCCCCUGGGAUUAAAGCUGCAGACGUUUCUGGUCGCUUACGUUUCUCUUCUUCCAGAAGAAGCAAAGAGUCGUUUCCUGUUGAAGUUCAUCCAGAGGAUGGCAGAUAGACACUGGUGUGCGGUGCCAGUGUUGUUCCUCUCCAGGGCUUUGGCAGGUGUGCCCAGAUGUAAGGCCCUGGGUGGAGAAGGGCUUCUAGCCCUCAGGGACGUUCUCCAGUGCACCAUGAUCACACACCAGGUCCUCCUGAGAGGGGCAGCACAGUGCUAUCUUCUGCAGACAGCCAUGCGUCUGGUGGACGUGGAGAAAGUGUCUUUUUCUGAUGUCUCCGCCUUUCUCGUGUCUCUGAGACAAGAGGAGUCCUUGGCACGAGGGACUGGAUUGUGGACAGAGCUCUGUGACUGGCUGUGCAUCAAUGAAAAAUACUUCAGACAGUCCUCGAUUGGUGGCUCUGAUGGGCACGAGACAUCGCUAAAUGCUUACGUGAAAAACCUAGUUCAGGAGUUCGUGAAGUCUCCUGGUUGGGAAACAGGAGAAAGCGGCUUCAUGCCAGACUGGUUUGAAGCCAGGCUGACCUCUCUGAUGGUUCUGCUGGCUGUGGACGUGGAAGAAAUGAAGACCCAAUUCAGGGAAAAGCAGAGGACUCAGAAUGUGCUGCGGAUCUUCUUAGACCCCCUGCUGGAUGCUCUGGGGAAGCUGGGCACCAACGCCUACAUGCCUUUGCUGAGGACUGACAGGUGCCUCCAGCUGCUGGUGAGGUUGCUGCGUUCUUCUGUGCCAAGAGGUUCCAGUGGCCAGGAUGAUGAGGUGUCCACCGUCCUCCAGACCUCCGUCCUGUCUGCUGCUGAGAGUGUGGCUCAGUUUGUGCUCAGGAGACUCACCAUGAACGAGCUGCAGAGUGUGGCAGAUCUGGACCGCUGCCAGCUAUACCUAACGGUGUUGGCUGAGCUCACGAGUCUCCAGGUGAAGCUGGGCUGGAAAGCAGGCAACCCCAUCACCCGAAUCAUCUCUCCUUUGAAAAACGCAUGCAUUCACCAUCUGCAGGGAGCUGAGGACAAACAGGAGCCAACCCUAGGUCGUCAGGUGCAGAGAGCGGUCAGCAUGGCUACCCUGGCAGCUCUGUGUGAGGCUGUGGACCGGCACCCAGUGCUGCAGCUGGAGUCUACCGAUGCCGAGCCCAUGGACAGGUUCCUGUCAGCUCUUCCACUCAAUCAGAUGCUGAAGAAGCCCCGCUCAGAGGAGCAGAACAGCUGUGUGCAUCCCUUGGAGAACGGCAGUGCUUUUGAAGAAUCGCCAUCUUCUCAAGGAUGGGGGAAAACAGUGGCCCAGUAUCUGCAUGAUCAGUGGGUCUGCCUCUGCUGGCUGCUGAGGAAACACCGCCUCCUUAUCCCAGCCACGGAAAGUGACACGCUGGAGUGCUGUUUCCCUGCUGUCCAGAUGCCUGUGCAGACCCUGCGGUCGGCCCUGGAUGUCCUCACCGUGCUCCCUGCCGGCCACAUCUUACCUGUGUUCCACUGCAUGGAGAUGCUGGUUCCCAAGCUCCUGACUUCUGAUGAGUCGCUCUGUAUAGAAUCUUUUGACCUGGCCUGGAAAACGAUAUCUUCCCUGAGCAACACCCAGCUGACGUUCUGGCCUAACUUAAAAGCUUUCGUCCACUUUGUUUUCGAUAAUGAAAUUCUUACCGUUGCUGCAGAACUCAAGGGCCAGGCAUACUUCAGGAUCAAGGAGAUUAUGUGUGAGAUUAUCGAAAUGUCCUCCAUGAAAACAGGGGCCUUCAACAUUCUGAUCCGUCACUGCUGCCAGUCUUGGGUAGCUGCUUCUUCUGGGGUGUCCCAGGGCUCACUCUCCAGUGCUAAGGAUUACAGUGAACUUGUCCUGGAGGCUUGUGUGUUUGGAACAGUGUUUAGGCGCGAUCAGAGACUUAUUCAGGAUGUCCAAACCUUCAUAGAAAACCUUGGACCCGACUGUGCUGCAAACAUCAUCAUAGAGGACACUAAGAGAGAAGAUUAUUAUGUGCGAAUCUGUGCUGUCAAGUUUUUGUGUCUGCUAGAUGGCUCCGACAUGUCCCACAAAUUGUUUAUAGAAGAUCUUGCCAUCAGACUCCUGGAUAAGGAUGAGUCCGCAUCCAGAUCCAGAGCUCGCUACCAUGAGAACUCCCUCCAGCACCGGGUGAAGAACCGGGUGUGGCAGACGCUGCUUGUCCUGUUCCCCAGAUUUGAUCAGAACUUCUUGAAUGGAAUUAUUGACAAGAUUUUCCAUGCUGGCUUCACCAACAAUCAAGCAUCUAUAAAAUAUUUUAUUGAGUGGAUUAUUAUAUUGAUUCUUCAUAAAUUCCCUCAGUUUCUUCCAAAGUUCUGGGACUGUUUUUCUUACGGUGAAGAAAAACUUAAAACAAGCAUUUGUACAUUUUUAUCUGUUUUAUCACAUUUGGACAUCAUCAUUCAGAAUAUUCCGGAAAAGAAGCUGGUUCUGAAGCAGGCCCUCACCGUUGCCCUGCAGUGGUGUCUGAGCCACAACUUCAGCGUCCGACUCUACGCUCUGGUGGCCCUCAAGAAGGCCUGGCACCUGUGUAAAGCCCUGCAGUUCCAAGAGUGUGACGCCUGGACCACAGUCAUUGAGUGCAGCCUCAGCCAGGCGGAAAGCAUGCACGGAGCAGGGAAUGCCAGGAAGAACUGGCAGCGCAUCCAGGACCAUUUCUUCUUCUCCACGUUCCACCCCCUGAAGGACUACUGUCUGGAGACCAUAUUUUACACCCUCCCACGGCUCUCGGGUGUCACUGAAGAGGAGUGGAUCGCCCUGGAUAAAUUUGCCAGCUUCACAGACAUCCCUUCCAAUGAAGGGUCCCCAUGGUACCGAUCUGAAACCACACUGAGUGAGCUGAGUCCCGGAGACUGGUCCCAGCAGGACGGAGGGUCUAUCUUGGGUGAGGCAGACAGACAAUCAGAGUGGGCAGAUGUCCAGAAGAAGAUCAUCCCGUGGGGACACAAGGCUCUGGAGUCAGACCUGGAGCUUCUGUUUCAGGAUCGGGCCGCCAAGCUAGGCAAGUCCAUCAGUAGACUCAUCGUUGUGGCCUCGCUCAUCGACAAGCCAACCAACUUAGGAGGGCUGUGCCGCACCUGUGAGGUGUUUGGAGCUGCGGCACUCGUGGUCGGGAGUCUUCAGUGUGUCAGCGACAGGCAGUUCCAGCACCUCAGUGUGUCUGCAGAGCAGUGGCUCCCUCUGCUAGAGGUGAGACCGGCGCAGCUGACAGAUUAUCUGCAGCAGAAAAAGGCGGAAGGCUACACUGUCAUCGGUGUGGAGCAGACGGCGCAGAGCUCAGACCUGGCCCAGUUCUGCUUCCCUGAGAAGUCGCUGCUCCUGUUGGGAAAUGAGCGGGAAGGGAUCCCAGCUGACCUGAUCCAGCAGCUGGACGUAUGUGUGGAGAUUCCUCAGCAGGGCAUCAUCCGCUCACUGAACGUGCACGUGAGCGGGGCUCUACUCAUCUGGGAGUACACAAGGCAGCAGCUGCUUGGGUGUGUGGGGCCUGCAUCCUGAGACUGAGCCUCGCCCACCAUCUCUCAUGGUGCUAAAGAUGGUGCUUAUAACCUACCAGAUGGAUGAAAUAUUCUGAGGUGUCACGGGAUUAUCUGCAUCUCUCUAACCUUGCACCUCAAUGCCAAAACCUGUUUAUGUGCCUUAAAGUCUGUUACUGUAUAUUGUCCCCUAAAUCAAAUGACCUUUUUAAAUAUUUUAAGCAACUAUGGAACUCUUUAAAAAAUGAAUUUUUAAAAAUGUUCUUCCUAGAAACCAGUAUUGUCAGGGUGGCUGUGCUAAUGGUGUGGAAGAAUUAAAGUUAUUACUUAUGGCCACCUGCGCCCUUCUGUUUUAAUAUAUGGCAAAAUGUGAAUCUGCCCUAGGCUGUUUCCAAAGCUGUGAAUUCAGCCAUUGUUCACGUUAGGCUUAAAUGGUAUUUGUCUUACUGUGCUUCCGGUGGUGGUGAGAAAUCUGUCUCCAAGGACGAUAAUCAUGGCCCCAGGACUGUUGGUCCACCCCUGCAAAUCCCUACUGAAACCAAGAAUGAAGCCCGUGAGUGCUUUAUGCUUUGAUGGCUGAUUAUUUAAGGAUGAUCAUUAUUAACUGCCCAGCAAGGAACUUGCUAUCCCUGGAACCCUUUGAGUAAUACUCAGAUUUCAGGGUCCUUUGUCUAUUCAUUGCCUUGUGUAGUUUUGAGGCUUUGAUUUGCCACAGGGUUUCAAGCCUAGAACAUCGAUCAGAGCAGCUGCCACUCCUGUGACCUGAGGUAACCGACACUAUCACAGUUUGGCUUCUUUCAGGUAGCAGAAUGCAUCCAUGGCCCAUCCGGGUCAUGUUGUUGGCAUUCCGCCCAUUAUAGGGCAUUUGAAUUUAGGGACUGUGUUAACACUGCAGGCUUUGCUUUCGGUUCAUUUGGUGAAGCACCUAGGAGUGGGGCUUCUGGGUCAUAAAGUCAGCGUGUUUUACCUGAAAACCUCUGCAGAGGGCUUUCCGAGUUUACAGUAUCACAGAGGGUGACUUGUUCUGCAUCCUUGUCAUUUGGUAUUGUCAGCCUUUUAAUUUAAGCCAUUCUAGCAGGUAUCUAUAGUGACCUAUCAGUAUAGUAUUUAUUUUCAUUAUUCUAAUAUUUAACGAUAUGGAGGCUCUUUUCAGAUAUUCAUCUUCCACUGUAUUUUAAGAAAUAUCUGUGGGGUAAGAGGACCAAUGAAAGAAACACACCCUGACCCUGAGACCAGAGCCAGUUCACUGGCCUUGAGACCUAAGCCUAAAGGUUAAAAAGGGCCAGUGAAAGAAACACACCUCAGGGGCUGGAGAGAUGGCUCAGUGGUUAAGAGCACUGGUUGCUCUUCCAGAGGUCCUGAGUUCAAUUCCCAGCAACCACAUAGUGGCUCACAACCAUAUUUAAUGAGACCUGGUGCCCUCUUCUGGCAUACAUACAUGGAAGCAGAAUGUUGUAUACAUAAUAAAUAAAUAAAUAAAUAAAUAAAUAAAUCUUAAAAAAAAGAAAAAAGAAAUACACCUUGGCCCUGAAACCAGAGCCAAACAAACACACUCUGCCCCUGACCAGCUAGGCAGAAAAACCAGUCAAUCCCUGGGCAUGAAACCAACCCCUUGCACAAGAAAUCCAGCCAGUCUCUGAGCUUGUCCAAGCUCAAGGUUUGAAAUCCAACCAAUUCCACUCUGAAAAUCUUCACCCUGGAAAAACUCCGCCCCUAAGAAGCCCUAUAUAAGCUCUGUACCUGUUCAGUUGGCAGCUGCCUUUUCCUACCAUGGCAGAAGCAGCCACCCUCAGGAUUCCUCCUUCCCAAUAAAUCUCUUGAAUGAGGUUUGAGUGAGACCUUUCCCUGGAGUGCAGCAGAACCUUCCCUGGCAGAGUAGAGCUGUUCUACUCCGGCAGACCUCAGAGUUAUUCCACUGAGGAAACCUUUUCUUGAAGCAGGGCUGCACACGGCUCCGCUUCCGUCGAGUCUGCCAGAAUUCCUUUCCAUCUGAGCUGGAAUCCUUACAAUAUCUAUUUGCAUAAUUUGCUCACUUUUUAAACAGGUUCAUUUUUCUUAUUAAGAAUCAUGAAGUUUUUGUUUUUGUAUUCUGAAUACAAGCUCUGUAAGAAAUACACGAUUUGAAGUAUUGUCUGCAGGUUUGUGAGUUACUGUUCAUUUCUGGGGGUUCAUCGUUUUCUUAAUCACCUUGGAAUAGACUCAGGCACUGUCUGAUCAUUGAGGACAUUUGAACAACUUUUAUU